UUGUGCUUCCCAGCACACCUUCUCUAACCUCUGCGCCACGACGACACCCCCCCAUUUACAAAUAUUACAAAUAAACCUCUACCUUUACCGUCAGUUAUGCCUGCACAGUAAUGCAACAAUAAUUAUAACCAAUUAUAUAUUCAACCAAUUAUAUAUUCAAUUCAUAAAAUACCAUUCUGAUAUGGGUCAAGUGCUUUUGCUGCUUUAAAUAUAUAUAAAUAUAUUUUAAUGUAAAACAUACUUUUUAUUUUUUUAUUUUAGAAGGAUUUUGAAUGCAAGGCUUAAACGUGUAACAAAGCAUUUGCACUGUAACAUUGCUACUUAAAUAAAAGAUCUGAAAACUUCAGAAGCUUCAAACAAACAACUCUUCUGUCCUACAGUAGAUAGAGUAAUUUCCGGCAAAUCAUGACGGUUCACAAGAUUUUCGUUUUGUUCAAACAAGUUUUACCAGAUGGUCCUGUAUGCCUGAGGUAGAGCUGGCUCGCAGUGUGGUGGAGUUGUGCUGUUUCAUACCGACUCCAGCGUGCGGAUGGCUGACAGGCACGCAUCAGGAGACGGCAGAAAUGGCUUUAAUGGUUCUCCACCGGAUCUUAAAGUUGAAAUAGCUAAUGGUUCGACCAAAGGGGAGAAAGAGGACAAGAACCUGUGGCCAAGAGCGCUGGCUCGAGCAUGGACCCUGAUGCUGUUCGUAGGCACGUGCCUCCUCUACUGCGCCAGGAUGGCCAUGCCGAUCUGCGCAGUGUCAAUGGCAACGUCUUUCCACUGGAGUAAAAUCGACGCCGGGCUGGUUCUGGGUGGAUUCUUCUGGGGUUACUGUUUCACACAGAUCCUGGGCGGAUAUGCUAGUGACAAGCUUGGAGGAGAGCGCGUCCUGCUCAUCUCUGCAGUCUCGUGGGCUUUGAUCACAGCUGUUACUCCUCUUCUGGCCCACUUAGGUUCUCACACCCUUGCACUCAUGACUAUGGCCAGAUUCCUCAUGGGACUACUGCAGGGUGUUUUUUUCCCGUCUUUGGCCAGCCUCUGCUCACAACGUGUGUUGGAAGGUGAGAGGGGUUUUUUAAUGAGCGCCAUGAACAGCGGGAGCAAUCUUGGGAUAUUGCUAGCGGGGGGGAUGGGGUCCCUGCUGCUGGACCGGUACGGCUGGGAAAGUAUGUUCUACAUAAUUGGCUUCCUUGCUGGACUCUGGGCCUUCGUUGCUUGGCUGUGUUUAAUAAAAGGUACGGAAGUUACCCCCAAGCGGAUGGAAAGAAGCAGCGACACACAAUGGAGUUUGUCAACAACGGGCUGGCUGAGUCUUUUGAAGGAGUCGCCAGUCUGGGCCAUGGUGUUCACUCACAUGUGCAUGAGCAGCACUUUCACAACAUUAAUGUUGUGGCUGCCAACAUACUUCGAAGAAUCAUAUCCUGAAGCCAUGGGAUCUGUUUAUAAUGUAAUUCCAUGGCUUGUCGCAAUUCCAUCAGCACUUGCCGGAGGAUACGUGUCAGGUUUUCUCAUCAACCAAGGGUAUAGUGUAGUAUUGGUCAGGAAGAUAAUGCAAGCAGUUUCCAUGGGCCUAUCGAGUGUGUUUAUCGUGCUCCUGUCCGGAGGCGUCCCAUUUACCUCUGCUCUCAUUUUCAUUUGUGCUGCAAUUGGUCUAUCAACAUUCAGCAGCAGCGGUGUGUCUGUCAACGUGCAAGAUCUCUGCCCAUCGUGUGCUGGUGCCAUCUAUGGUUUCAUGAAUAUGCUGGGUGCUUUCAUGGGACUAGUGUUGGUUUCGGUGUCCGGCUACCUGGUGGAGGUCACGUCGUCGUGGGCCACAGUGUUCUCCCUCCUCACUUUGGUGAACGCCACGGGCCUCGGGAUCUUCCUCAUCUUUGGAGAAGCUCGGCGCGUCGACCUGUAAGGUUACACACAGACGUUGCGAGUUCUGCAUCUCAUUUGGGAGACUGGACAUUAAACCUAAAUGAGAGUUCAUUUUGAGCCUCGUUCUGCUCAAACUGCCUGUGAACAAAACUAAAUAUUUUGUAGUGAAAUAAUAUUUUUUUUGAUGGUUUAAAAUAAUUUGUUAUCAAAUGUUUACUGAACAUUAAAGUAAUAAUCUUCUCCUGUUGGAAAUGAAGGAACUUGAGUAUCGUAUAGAAGUACAUUUCACUCGAGUAUAUUUACAUCAAAAAGGAAAGCUGAUGGUGACCAAUCAAUGAACAUGUUAAGAGAUGAAUUAAGUCCCAAUCAUAGUCAGAUGUUAUCUAACAUUUACAACAUACAAGUUGAUUUUACUUGAAGGACAUUCAACUUUUUUGGCCACUAUUAAAACUACUGUACUUUCUGUAACUGAUCACAUUUUUGUGUGGAAAUUUCCUGGUUGCUUUAGUUUAUUUUAUUUAAGUUAUGCAUUGGUCAAUGCUCAAGUCCACUAAAACAAUUAGAAGGAAUGACUAUGGUCACAACAACGGCGUGUGUCCUGUCGUAUGUUUAAAGCUUCAAACGUCAAUUAAAAUAUAUUUUUUUAAAAGUAAAUUUAUUUAACUGGAGAGUAUUUUGCUGUGCUAUUGUGUUUUUUGUACUUUUGAACAAGUUUUAGUGUUUGUGAUGGAUGAAAUGUGUAUUUUCCAGUCGAAAGCCAUGAAUGUCCAUUCGUCUUGCUUCUGUUCAGCACAACUUAUCAACAAAAAGAUGGCAAUAUUUAGUUCAAUGUCAUAGUCAUUGUUUAAGAACCAACAUUUAUUUUGACAACCAUUUGUUUUUCUAAGUACAUGAAAGAGUUAUUAUGAAUAAAGAUGCACCACAUGCAGUAUUUA